UCAUAUCUCGACAUACUUGUCUAAUAUAAUCCUCACUAAAGAUAUGCGAAUAAAAUACAAGUGAUGGGGCUGACAACAUUACCACCAUCACAAUUACGACCCGAACUCGAAUGGCUUUUUCCGAAAGAGGUAACGACUUCAUCAUCUGCAAUUUUAAAAAACAAAUCUGCUGCAGAAAUUCCAUUGAACUUUCUGGCUGAACACUCUCUCGCUCUGAUAGCCGCACUUUUUUUAGUAGUUCUGACAGUUGCACUGCUUGCUGUUCUCGUCCAAUACCACUGUCAGAAAGGAACAAACAGUGGAGGCUUAGGAGCCGGAGCCAUUUCACCCAAGUCAUUCUCUACUUCUCCGUCACAGUGGACUACAUGUAGUACCGUAUCCUCUACAUACUCAACACAAAGUCUUUUGCAAUUAAUUGGCUCCGAUCUCCGUCAAUCCCUUCAAGGACUCUUGUUGCCUUCGGAAGCAGUCGUUUUGGAGACUAUUGUUGGAAAAGGGUACUUUGGAAAUGUGUACAGAGGACGAAUGCGGGAUCCAGCAGGACGACUCAUACCGGUUGCGGUCAAAACACUGAAAGGUGAACGUGCUCGAGAUAUUGCCCAUAUUGAAAAAUUUUUGCGGGAAGGCGUAGUGAUGAAACACCUAGAUCAUCCUCAUGUUUUAUCGCUUCUCGGAAUAUCAAUAUCACCAGCUGGCAAUCCAUGGGUUGUACUACCAUACAUGGAGGGAGGCGAUCUAAAGACGUAUAUUGCAGAUCCAAAUAGGGCAUUGUGCGUUCUUGAGCUCCUUGACUUUGCUCAUCAAGUGGCUCAAGGCAUGAGUUAUUUGGCAGCUCAACACUUCGUUCAUCGUGACUUGGCCGCUCGUAACUGUAUGAUAUCAGCUGAUCGAAUUGUGAAAGUCGCAGACUUUGGUUUGGCUGUUGAUUUAUUGGAUAAAGAAAGUUAUAUUGAUGAGAGUGAAACAGGACCAGCCCGUCUUCCAUUAAAAUGGCUAGCACCAGAGAGUCUUCGUGAUAGAAGAGUUUUCAGUUCAGCUACUGAUGUGUGGUCAUUUGGAGUAUUAAUGUGGGAAUUGUUGACACGAGCUGCUUCUCCAUAUGGUGAAGUAUCAAAUACAAAAGUGAGACACUACUUGGAAACUGGAAUGCGACUCCCACAACCAACGCAUUGCCCGGAUAUUAUUUAUGAUUUGAUGCAAUGUUGUUGGCGCUCAACUCCAGAAGACAGGCCUGAUUUCGUCUUUCUAUCACAUCGAUUGAGAGCAUUACUGCAGGAAAAUACUCCAGAUCCUUUCACUCGCAGAGUUCGUCCGGGGGCUGAACAAUUUUUACUCCCAGUUCUUCCAGGCCGUCUUUUCACUAAUUAUUUUGCUGCUCAGAUGCAUUCUUAAACUAGUUAUUGAAAUGAGUUUGCUCAAGUACCUUGUUUUCUAACUAUUCUUGUUUGCUUCUUCUCUUUAAUUCUUGAAAAAAGUAAAUUUUCAAUAGUUUUUCAUUUCUCAUAACCAGCUACUUAAUACUGCUUCACUCGUCAAAACUCUUCAAUGUUUUUUCCCUACAACGGGUGCCUUGUCGAAUAUGUUAUUUUUAUUUCCGUUUUAGGAUCAAUAUUAUCUGCUCAAUUCACUCAAUGUUCAUCAAUUUCUAUUUGAAAAUUCAUCCACUGCAAUUCAGGUCAAAUCUCUCUUGAACAAUUUCUUUCAUUUUUCCAAAACAAAACUCUUGAACUUUUGAAAUUUUGGAGUCUUUCUUUUAAUUGUUUCAAUGUAUUCCGAAUUCCCAUGUAUAAAUUUUUAUGAGAUUAAA